GGGAAAACGUUGAUGGUGAACGCGCUGGCUUCCACACUGCGCGCUUCAGGACACGUCACCCUCAUCGUCGGAAGCAGCGCAUUGUGUGCGACAGCUUAUAAACGUGGGCGGACUGCUCAUUAUAUAUUCGGGAUCCCUGUAACGGGAGACUGCACGGAUCUUCACUCCACCAUACAUCCCUUCUCUGCACGAGCCGAUCUCAUUCGCAACGCUACAGCAAUCAUAUGGGACGAGUUGCCCAUGGCAAACAAAGCAGCAUGGCAGUGUGUAGACAACUUAUGCCGUCGCAUCAUGAAUGUCUACGACAAACCUUUUGGA